CAGCAGGGGGACUCUACCUGUACCUGUGCGAAGGAGUGCCAGUCGUCAUCGUCAGACUUCAAAUCAGGAUACGCUUUUUGUUCCUCCAGGAGCCCGGAGAAGUAGAAAUCGGCCAGGACCGCCUGGAACUGAACGAGCGACUGCACCAGGACUCCCAGCAUGGAGCCUAUAACGUCGUGGAGCGAGAAAAGAGUCACCGAGUGGCUCCAAGGUCUGGAUGCCCACAUUAGUCAAUACUCGGUCUCGGAUUGGCACCUAUCAGGGAUUGAACUCCUUCAGUUGACUUCCUUGGACUUGGAAAAGUUUGGAGUCCAUAAAAUUGGACACCAGGAGCUCAUUUUGGAGUCUGUGGAGAAGCUCUGCUCCCUGACUUAUGGAAUAGGAGGAGAGAACCUACAAGGUCUGACAGAGAAACUGCGUGCCGUUGCGCACACGCUGCAGAUGGGCAUUCAGAACCGCUGGCGCCUCAACAUUUAUGACGGACGCACCACCACCAAGCUGCCAUCUGGCAUUCUCCAGAUUGUAGUGGAACUCAUCACAUCUGCCAAAGGCCUGUUCUCUUUGCUCAACAGAUAUCAGUUUGCGCAGCUCAGUGGAUGCACUGCGACCAAGAACAUAUUCACAUACUGCAGAGAGCUGGGAGACAUUGUGCACAAGGAUACCACUGUCUACGAAAAGGAAAAGGACAUCAUCUCUGUUUGCCGGCAGUUGGUGGCGGUUUGCGAUGAGAUCCUGAGCUCCAGCCCUAAAGCGCUUCUCACCCAUACAGCUCAGCUGGAGAGUGUGGACCUGGUGCCUGUGUCACCAGCUGAUCAGCUGGGGAUCGAGAUAACGUCCACCGGUUCCAGUAACCACUACGUGACUGGAACCGCUGCUGAGCCUUCUAAUGAUGCUUAUUUGAGGAUAUUGGCUGGAGAUGAAGUGGUUCAAGUCAAUGACCAGAUAGUGGUGGGCUGGAGUAAAGAAAACCUUAUCAAGAAGCUGCAGGAGAAUCCCAGUGGUGUGACCCUGGUCUUGAAGAAGAUCCCUGGAUCAGUACGACGCAAAGACGCUAUCCAGCCAUCCUCCACACAGGAGAACGAGGAGAGAGAAGAGAGUUCAGAGGAGGAAGAAGAGAAGGACGAGGAGGAGAACCCAAGGCAUUCCAUAUUUGAGAGGGUCGCAGCUUCUGUCAGAUCCCUAUCUUUUAGGAGAGCUGUUCAAGAACCAGAGGGACAGCAGCAACCCAUGGGACAGGAAGAAUCUGAUUUCUGUUCUGGCAAAGAGCAGGAAGGGAGUCUGAAUCUAACUUCAUACCAAAACCUGCAGGAAAGGCUCUCACCUCUGUCAGCCUCAGCGGAGGGUGUGAAUUCAGAGGGUCGGAGGCUCUCCCCGAACUUGAUAAGAGACAGAUCACCCUCGCCUCACAGACUCACCCAGGAGAGAGCGAGCAUCAGUUCCUGCCCAGAAAUGGUCGGGCACACACCAAAUAAAGAAACUAAAAGGACAUGUACGAAAGGAAUGACGACAGCCCUAAGCCGGCGCCGUGUGUCCUGUCGUGAAUUGGCUCAUCCCGACUGUGAUGGGUGGCUCUGGAAGAAAAGAAAGGAGAGCAGUGUCUUCAUCGCACAGAAGUGGCAGCGCUUCUGGUUUGUCCUUAAGGGGCCUUGUCUUUACUGGUAUACAAGCCAACAGGAUGAGAAGGCAGAGGGUCUGCUCAAUAUAAGUAGCUACAGCAUAGAGAGUGCUGGGGAGCACAAGAGAAAAUAUGUUUUCCAAAUGUGCCACCAGAAAUUUCAGAACUUCUUUUUUGCUGCUGAUCAUGUCAGCGACAUGAGCAAGUGGAUAAACUGCAUGAUUACAGCCAUUCAGAAGCACAAGAAGUUCCACAAGAGUCCAGAUAGCGAAGAAGAAUGUUACAGUGAAACCGAGUCAGAGUCCGAAUCGUCUCCUUCUCCGCGCAGGAGAAACAAGAAAGUGCUGUCCAACACUCUGCCUCGACCAAAGGGGCGACCAACAAAUAAAGUGCCAUCAUCGAGUCCUUCAAGAGAGGGCAGCAAAGCAACAACUGGCCAGGUGGAUGAGAUGGGCAUGAUGCUAAACAACCUAAAAGAAGGAGGAGUUUCUCUGAUGGGCCAUGAGCAGCCGUUCACGCAUGACCACUUCAGGAAAUCCUUCAUUAGACGCAACAAGAACCCCAUUAUCAAUGAAAAGGCACACACACUUCGAGCACUGCAAAGUACUCUGAAGGCCAAAGAAGCAGAGCUGCUGCAGAUCAACAAGAUACUGGACGACUCCGAUCUGACAGCUUCAAAGUACCGUCGGUGGAAGGAGCAGAACGAAGAACUAGUUCAGGAAAUUGAGAGACUUGCUACUCCUAAAACCUCCAAAGCAGGAGGAGACAUCACGCCAGCCCCUGACACGCCUGCGGAGGAGGUUGCCUUGGAAACCAUUGCUAAGGAAACAGCCGCGGCAGAAACAGAAGGUGCGCAGAGACUGAACCUUCUGAGCCUCAGCGAUGGUGAGCAGCUAGUUGACGCAGAGCCGUCUGAUGUUCUCCUGGAGAUCCCACCGGGCUCGCCGAGCGCAGAGUCCAGCCCAGUGUUGGAACUCUCUCUGGGAUCGCUGCAGGACUCCAUAAACAAACAGCUGAGCGAAAUGGCAGAGAAAGGAGAGGCUGCAGAACAUUACUUCUACAUUUGAGAUGAAGCCGGAGCAGGGCAGAAUCGCCAGUUCAAAGCUGCUUUGUUUAUUUAAGUUAGACGAAUAAAAAUAGCUGCCGUACAGAACUCUGAUAUGGCUGUGAUUCACCAUGUUUUCUGCUGACAUUCACCUGAGAGGAUCGGUUCAAAUCAUCACUCAAUCAGUGCCCUAAUCAAGUAUGUCGGAGAAAAGCAACAGUGCAGACUUGACAAGUUUACAAACGCAACAGGAUGUAUUUAUGAGAGAAAAUAUCAAUUAAGACGUGGAAUUCAAUGACAAUUUCUUAUGUAAGAUAGAAGUUCUGUAAUAUGAGAUGUAAAUAUAGAUUGACUACAAAUACAGUUGUUAUUUGUUUAUUGACCUGUCCUAAAUCAUGCAAAUUAAUUUUAUUUGCAAAUGCUGUAUGAUGAAGAUUUUGGACUAUUAUCACAAACGAAUUACUGACAUACACAGGACCGUU